AUGGCUUCAUAUCUCGGUCUGGAUAAAAACAUCUCCUAUUUUACUAUCCCAGCAGCCUUCGUUUUGGCCAUGCUUCCCCGUGUCUAUUCGGGUUUAACGGGUCCGGGAAAGAAGUUCUUCGACAAUAGCAAUCCGCGCUCCUUCACGUCGAAGCUUGAGGGUCGGCUGCAGCGCGCCGAAUCAGCUGGUGCCAACGCCUUCGAAAACCUCGGCGUCUACGCCGCAGCCGUGACGGCCGGGAAUACGGCCGGCCCGCCGGUGGGAACCCUAAACAAUUUAACCCUAGCUUACUUGUCAGGUCGCAUCCUUUAUACGUGGAUUUAUAUUUGGGGGCAAGAGAACCGAAAGAUGAUUCCCCUGAGGUCGAUAGUUUGGGGAGUUUGUAUGAGCUGCUGCAUUGCGCUGUUCUCCCUUGCCGGAGUUCGGAGUUUAUGA